UUUGAAUGAACUAUCAUCUCCGUAAAAGGAACGUAGACAGAAGUUGAAACAAAAAGGGAAGAGAUGGCAGAGAAUGGGGAUGAGGUUAUCGCAUUGCUGUAUUGGGGAGGCGAGAUUUUGAAGACCGGGCAUCUAUGUUCGGUUGACUAUUCAGAGCCCCCCAAAACCAUGUGUUUCCUUCCGCAGAUCAGCUCUUACGAUGAACUGCUGGUGAAAGUGCACUCUGCAAUGGACACUACAAAGGAGAACACAGAUCUGGGCUUGUACGGAAAGUACUUGACAACGUUCGCCGGAGACCGAGGCGUGUUUGUUUCCAUCCCGCUCACGGACGACCGAUCGUGGCGCUGGUUCAUGCGACAGAUGUUGCCUUCGCAGCCACUUCAUAUAUACGUUAUUGCGGCGGCUGCAAAGCAGAAGGAGAAGAACAAUCCGCAGCAGAGAGAAACCACCGGUGUCAUUUUUGUACCUAAGGUUAAUGUUUGGGAUUUGAUUUUGGAAGGGAGGGAAGGUUAAUGGGGUUUAUGACCCUCCUUUUCAUGUCUGGGAGUUUAAAAAAUUGGAGGGGUGGUUUUGGAUAAUUAACAAGAUAGUAAUUUAACUUAAAUUAGAAACGAAUAUCAGCUCAACGAUUUGAAUUCGUCUUAUCUCAAAGUGAUUUUUAAUUAUAAUUCCUUCAAAAACCCUCUUCUUCCAAUUUAUUACUCCCAAAUACAAAGAAGAGCUUUUUCACCGUCCCCUCCCUUUCCCCUCCAACAACAUACCUCCAAAGCCUUCCCCUCCCCUUCCCUCCGAACUCCCAA